AUGGAGUUGGGAAGCCUUGAGAAGUUGCCGGAAGUGGGGAAGACGAUGAAACAGCGGUGGGAGAGAAGACAGCAGAGGCAUGUUAGGCCUAGGACAGAGGAGCCAGCCGAGCCCUCUCAUACUCAGGAGACAGUACAGCCUACACCACCUCAGUCACCUGCUCCUGAGGCUGAGGAUGAUCAUAUCCCAUCUCCUUCCCAGGCUCAUCCUGCUUUUACACCUUCACCAUCUCCACCACAUGCUAGCGCUGAGCGUACACCAGUACCACCUCCAUCACGCCAGCCAGCUCACCAGGCGCGUGAUAGGCCCACACCUCGAUAUGAGAGUAUGCCAGUCAACCAUGAGUCUGUCUUUGACACAGAUUUCUUCUCCCGAUCGGUGCUGACCUGA